CACCAGCACCACCAUCUAAAACCACGACCCAGGGCUGGCCAGCAACUUGCAGUCUAGCACUAGUACUCACAAAGCAAGCUGAAGGAUUCUGGUCUCCGAAAGAAAGAACAAGCAAGAAACAUGGCCACCGCAAUCAUGCUUCGUACUGUCCUCCCUGUUGUCUUCUUCGCCGUCUUGCUAAGUGGAACAAAUGGCGAGCGAUGCAACACGUCGAGCAUCCAGGUGGAGACCAUCAACUCAGGCGUCGUGGUAUCCGGUGGCGACACGGUGUUCCAGGUGGAGCUCAAGAACCUGUGCCCGUGCGCCGUCAGGAAUGUCCAGCUCGACGCCCGGGGAUUCGCCACGACAGUGGACGUUGAUCCUGCCGCGUUCCGUGCUGACGACGGAGGUGUCUACUACCUGGUGAACAGCGGGCAGGCAAUCCCCAGCAUGGCCACCGUCAGCUUCCAGUACGCCUGGGACCACUUCUUCCAGAUGACUCCCAGGAACAUGGAGGUUGACGGCCCGUGCUAAUAGCUAUUAGCAAGUUGCCUGCUCAUAAGCUGUGUUAUCUUUGAUAUAUAUAUAUAUAUAUAUAUAUAUAGUGUUAUUAUUAUAAUGUCGUGUGUUAGCUAGUGUAUAUAUUAGAGAGAGAGAGAAGAGAGAGAGAGAUGCUAAUAAUAAUCAGUCCUGCUCAAUAAAGCUUGAGGAAUCGAGUGAUGAUCUGCUCCUCAAGAAUCGUAUUGUAUAUGCCAAAGAAGGUUGCUACCUAAAUACCUAAUGAUCGACGAGUUUUGAACA